AUGCGGCCCCGAGUUGUCCCAAAGCGAGGCAGUGCCCUAAGGUCUGUGCAGAGCAGAACGCAGCUCCGCCCUCGCAAUGCUCUCCGGGUCUGUGCCGAGGAGAACGCAGCUCCGCCCUUGCAAAGGCACACAGCGCCAGUGCCGAGGAGCUCUACGGUGACUUUGAAGACUUGGAAACGGGACGUGCACAAGGGAAAAUCGGGCCCCGACACUCAGAGAAACAAGGAAGAAAUUGACCCCGACGAAGAAGAAAGUGCCAAGAAAAAGCAUUUGGAUAAGAAGAGAAAAUUGAAGGAGAUGUUUGAUGCGGAAUAUGAUGAAGGAGAAAGCACAUAUUUUGAUGAUCUUAAAGGAGAAAUGCAGAAAGAAGCACAGCUGGAUUACGUAGAAUUUGAAGAUCAAGAUGAUAAAGCCAGAGUUCAGUAUGAUGGUUUUCGACCUGGGAUGUACGUCCGCGUUGAGAUUGAAAAUGUUCCCUGUGAAUUUGUGCAGAACUUUGACCCCCAUUACCCCAUUAUCCUGGGUGGCUUGGGCAACAGCGAGGGAAAUGUUGGACACGUGCAGAUGCGUCUGAAGAAACAUCGCUGGUAUAAGAAAAUCCUCAAGUCCCAAGAUCCAAUCAUAUUUUCUGUAGGGUGGAGGAGGUUUCAGACCAUCCUGCUCUAUUAUAUUGAAGACCACAAUGGAAGACAAAGGCUUCUAAAGUAUACCCCACAGCACAUGCAUUGUGGAGCAGCCUUUUGGGGUAAAAUAUGAUUACAAUAACUUGCCUAUUGCCGAGAUUAAACUUUACAGGCUGCGUUAUUUUAGCUUUGUGCUUUUCCUUUCA